CCGGAAGUCAACUUUCACAAGCAGCAAGACUCGUUUUUCAAGAUCCGUCGAAAAGCCUCCCAUCCCUUAAGUGUGAGCUCACUAACGUACAACGGUGAUCAUCGCUGCUCCAGGGUGGCUAAAACUGCAGGGACAACUCGGUUGUUGGUGUGGGUCUUCUACAUGAAAAAAUGGACACCAAGAAGGAAAUUGUGGACAGAUUGCGGUUGGCUUUUCGUUCUGGCAUCACAUUGUCGGAGCAGUUUCGCUCUGCACAGCUUACUAAACUAAUGUUGAUGAUUAAAGACAACGAGAAGGAUAUUGUGAAUGCUUUGCACAAGGACCUUGGCAAGCCUAAAUUUGAGGCCAUUCUGGCUGAGAUUGAUAUGGUGGUCAAUGAGAUACACUAUGCCAUUGAUAACCUACCAAGCUGGAUGCAGGCUGAUUAUGUCUCUAAGACUCUGGCCACAAAAUUGGAUGACUGUUUUGUGCGGAGAGAACCAUUGGGAGUUGUGCUUAUCAUUGGAACAUGGAACUACCCGCUGCAGCUACUGAUUUUACCCAUGGUUGGUGCCAUCGCAGCAGGAAACUGUGUGAUCAUCAAACCCUCUGAGGUCAGUGCUGCCACAGACCUGCUGAUAGCAGAGCUCAUCCCCAAAUACCUGUCACAGGACUGUUAUGCAGUGGUUAGAGGUGGAGCAGACGAGACGAUGGCACUUCUACAGAAUCGCUUUGACCACAUCUUCUAUACCGGUUCUCAGGCCGUGGCCCGCAGUAUCCUGCAGCAAGCCUCAGUCCACUUGACCCCAGUUACAAUGGAGCUGGGUGGCAAGUGUCCAUGUUUAAUUUAUGGAAGAGUGGACAUUGCGGCUGCUGCCCGCCGCUUAGCAUGGGCCAAAUUUUUUAACGCCGGACAGAGCUGUGUGGCACCAGACUAUGUACUGUGUUCCCAGGCCACAUGCGAUGCCCUUCUCCCAGCCUUGCGUGAAACCCUGAAGGAUUUUUAUGGCAAGGAGCCUCAAACAUCUCCUGACAUUUCUCGCAUUGUGUCACAGCGACACUGGACUCGUCUGACAGAACUACUGAAGAAGUCCAGCGGCAAGGUUGUCGUGGGAGGAGAAAGUGACCAGGAGGACAAAUAUAUUGCUCCCACAGUGGUGGUGGAUGUGGCUAAAGAUGAUGUGCUGAUGCAGGAGGAGAUUUUCGGCCCCAUUCUUCCCAUCGUUAUUGUUGAUUCUCUGGAGAAAGGCAUUGACUUUGUCAAUGACAAGGAGAAGCCAUUGGCCCUCUACGUUUUCUCUGACGAAACCUCUGUUGUAAAAACAGUGCUGCAGAAAACCAGCAGUGGGGGGUUCUGCUCAAAUGAUGGCAUUAUCCACAUUUCGCUGCCAGGACUGCCUUUUGGGGGUGUAGGGGCCAGUGGCUGGGGGUCGUACCAUGGCCGCUGGGGCUUUGAGACAUUCAGCCAUCGGCGGGCCUGCAUGAUGCGUGGCUGGGCUUUGGAAAGACUGAACGGCCUGCGCUACCCACCGUACCGAGAUGAUAAACUGAGCUGGCUGCGCUGGACUGCCUCACCCAAGACUUUUUGCUCGCUUAUGUGACCACAGACAGUGUAAUAAUAGAUGUAACCAUGUGGAAUUUUGCAUCACUACAUUUUAAACAGAACGUUUGUCAUUUUGGGUCUCUGUCAUUCCUUAUUGAUUGCCAUGUUACUACAUCUUCAAUUUCUAAAUCAUAACAAAAUCUGCUUCUGACACAUUUAUGGUCUCACUUUUUAAGCUGACCUUUAUUGUGUAAAUCCAGAAAAUGAACUGUUCUGUAUAAUGUAUGAGUUACAUUAGCUUCAGCAUUCAAUACGCAUUAACCAGUAUUCAAAGAUGCCGAGUAAUAAGCUUGGUCAAACCGUUGACGUUUCUGCUUAUAAUUGCCAUUUUACUUUCAUGUUGACGAGGAUUUAAGGCACAAUACUAUUUUUAAGUUAUCUUAUUGUUAUUCUUCUUUGGGUUUCCUUUCAUGUCAUUUAGAGUAUAUUCACAAAAUGAUUGCUUUCUAUUUUAAAUGGAAUUUUUACUUACAAAUAAAUGAUAUUGUGUAA